CUUAUUCCCCCAUUCUUUUGUGGAGAGGAGAGCUCUUUUAUUUUCCCUUUUCUCUCUCCCCUCGUUUACCUGUAAGCUUGCUAUUUGCUUCCGUCUUCCUCUGGCUUCGUCGCGUCCAUCCCUUGUCUUCUAGAAGCUGCAGCGGCUGACGCCCAUCGACAGCGGCUGCUGGCCAAUGGAGUUCGAUGGGGGCGGUCGGCCAAUGGAGUUCGAUGGCGGGGGAGGGGUACAACUGCCACCCACGAGGUCGGCGAACUUAGCCGUGACCGAAGCGUCGGCGUCGUCCCCGCUUGCCACGUCUCUCGACGAAGAAUCGAUGUGGCAAAUGAGUUUGAGAGUAGGUGACAACAUAGAGCCUGGACCUUUUCCAGAGCGUCCGGGAGAGGCUGACUGUGCUUAUUAUAUCAGGACCGGCCUAUGUAGAUUCGGUAUUACUUGCAGAUUUAAUCAUCCUCCCAACAGGAAAUUGGCUGUGUCAAGGAUGAAGGGUGGGUAUCCUGAAAGAAUAGGGCAACCCGAAUGCCAGUACUAUCUAAAGACUGGAACAUGCAAAUUUGGACCUACAUGCAAGUUUCAUCACCCGAAGGAUAAGGCCGGAAUCACAGGAAGAGUUCAAGUGAAUGUCCUAGGCUAUCCCCUUCGCCCUAAUGAGAAGGAAUGUGCAUAUUAUAUAAGGACUGGGCAGUGCAAGUUUGGCAACACCUGUAAAUUUCACCAUCCUCAACCAUCUAAUGCAAUGCUUUCAUUGCGAGGUUCUCCUGUUUAUCCUUCUGUACAGUCACCAACAACUCCUGGUCAACAGUCCUUGACUGGGGCACUGACAAAUUGGCCUCUUUCUAAAGCUUCCUUUAUAAGCCCUCGUUGGCAAGGAUCUUCAAGCUACGCCCAACUCAUUCUUCCUCAAGGAUUGGUUCAAGUCCCAAGCUGGAGUUCUUUUCCUGGACAAUAUGGAUCUGCUUCAUCUCCUGAGAACCAGCAACAAAAUUCUGGGAACGCUCAAUUCUAUGGAACGUCACACCAAAGUGAAACAAGCACAGGUUCUUCAGCAUCAUUUUCUUCUUUUCGAUUUGGUUCAGUUCCUUUGGGGCAGUAUGCAUUGCAGAGGGAUGGCAUAUUUCCUGAGAGACCCGGCGAACCUGAAUGCCAGUUCUAUAUGAAAACUGGGGACUGUAAAUUUGGCGCAGUUUGCAGGUUUCAUCAUCCUAGAGAAAGACUAAUUCCUGCUCCAAAUUGUGUGCUGAGCCCAUUGGGUCUUCCCUUACGCCCGGGUGAACCUUUAUGUAUUUUUUAUUCUCGGUAUGGUAUCUGCAAAUUUGGCCCAAAUUGCAAAUUUGAUCACCCCGUUGCUGCUCCAAUGGGCAUCUUUGCUUAUGGUCUUUCAACAUCAUCAUCACCUAAUGUUCCUGUUGUUCGUCGACUUUUGGGAUCAUCAUCGGCACUUCCUGCAUUAACCUUUUCGUCAGAUGGUCCUCUUGAAGCUGGCCCUGGUAAAUCGAGGCGCCUUUCAUUGUCUGAUUCACAGCAAAUAGAUUCCGGUGAUGAGGAUGUUGAAUCAGAAUGAUAACAACGCAUGCCAGUUAUGCUACGCCGAUCGACUCUUUCAAUGUAUCCACAUCAUAUCAAAUCAAUGAUGAUAUGAACAUCAUGAUUUUUCCAAAUUGGUUUCUGUUGUUCCCAAAACAUUUUUGUUUUGUUCAUCUUCCUCAGUUUAAUGUAUUUAUGAUCAGAGUUCAGAAAACAAUUGCAGCUGCAUAAUGGAUGGCUUCUACCUCUGAAAUUCAGCUGGUUUAAUGAAAUCUUCAGGAAUGUUCUGUGGGAGGCUGUCUACCUUAAAUCAAAAGAAAUCCCUGCCUGACAAUUUUCUGUUCAAUGAAUAAGAUCAUUGAAGGUUGAUCUCUGUUCUUCUUCAGUCUUUUGCUGUAAUGUGAUUAAAUUUUUUUUCUUGCUUUGCUUGACAUUUUACAUUGUGUUUCUAAGAGUUUUAAUGUGAAAAUAUUGUGAAUAAUUGUUACUUAUCUAAUUAUAAUAUGUGCAUUUAGUUAUGUAUUUC